GGACAUCACACUAUCAGGUUAUUGAAUUGAAUUUCCUAUUGCAACAAACACUUUUGUUGCUAUAACUGUAGACGAGGAUUUCCUGAUGGAGUAUCCAUCACAUCAAACUGAGGAUUUUGGUUCACAUGCUACCCCUAUGGAUAUGGAUCCAGUCAAUCUGACAGAUGAACAAACAAUUCAUAAUGACAAGGUAAACCUUCAUGGUCCUGAAGGAGUUUCAAGUCCGACACACGAUCAACAUGGGCUUAGCGAUGAUUUUACACUUCCAGACCGUCAAGAAAUGGAUAGUGAGAAGGAUUUUAGAAGUCAAGAUCCUGGACCGAGUCAGGCUACAGAAAUUCUUAACUUGAGUGAGAAAGGCAACAGUUCUCCUGAAGAUGUUCUAGAAAUAGAAACUCAACGCAAUGCAGUUUCUGAUAUAGGCUCAGAAACCUUUCUAUUUUCUGCCAAUCAUGGGAAUGAUGUUACUGAACCACGUGAUCCACCUACAAAUCAGAAGGCCAUACUUUCUUAA